AUGGAUUAUAUCGAUAGUGAUUUAUCUUUAGUUAUGGACGAAAAUUCAAAACAAAAUAUUUUAAUGGAUUCGUGCCAAGAUAAUAAUUCAAGUAACAAUAAUAUAAAUAAUAGCAAUUAUUUUUUACAGGAUGAUAUAGUAUGCGAAUUCUUUUCAGUAGGAGAUAUUGAUAUUACACAAAACAAUCAAGAAAUUACACAUAAUGACAUCUCUCAUAUGAUUGAAGGUUUUAAUACUCAGAACGAUGGUUCAUCACCAAGUUCACCAAUGAGAGUACCCAAUUGUAAUUCAAGUCCAUUCAAUGGCCAUCACACUGGUGUUGAUUCUUCACCAGAACUUGUCUAUGAUAUAAAUGUUCAAGAACUUUAUAAUCAACAACAACAACAACAAAUUUUAAUUACACCAACUCCAAAUCAACUUUUAGACUGUUCAUAUCAAUUAUUCAAUGCACAACAAACAGUUCAAUUACAAGAUCCAACAGAAAAAUUACAACAAGAUACAAACAUUUUAAAUUUACUUGAACAAAAUAUUGAAUUACCAAUGGUUGAUGGAUAUUCGGUUUUAUUAAGUGAAUCACCAUCAUCGUCAUCGGCAUCACCAUUAACUACACCAUCCUCACCAGGUUCACCAUAUUCAAAUAAUUCAACCACUUUAACCACAACCAAUACAAGUAAAGCUUCAAAAUCAAAGGUUAAAGAUGAUAAAAAAUCAAAUUCCAAAAAGAGAACAAUCGAAUCAAGGGUUCAAAAUAUUGUUCAUCCAUUAACUAGAGAAGAAUUGUUAAAAAUUUCAGGUAAAGAACCAGUUCAAAUUGAAGAUACCCCAAUUCACAAUGAACAUGAUGAAAAAGUUGUAAAAAAACAAAGAAGAUUAAUAAAGAAUCGUGAAUCUGCUCAACUUUCAAGAAUGAGAAAGAAGAUUUAUAUUGAAGAUCUCGAAAAGAAAAUUAGUGACCUUACUCAAGAUAACAACUCCCUAAAAGAGGAGGUUUUAUAUCUCCAAGGUCUUGUAAAACAAUUAGCAAAUAAUAAUCCAGAUGUUAAUAUUAAUUAUAACAGCAAUUUAAAUAAUAACAAUAGUAACAAUAGCAAUAAUAGUAGUAUCAUCGAAAUAAAUACCAACUCUGUAAAUAAUAACAAUAAUCAUAAACAACAACAAACCAAGAAUGUAAAAGCUGCUGGAGUUUGCCUUUUACUUAUUUUCUUUUCAUUAGGUGUAUUUUUCCAAACUCCACAAUCACAACCACAAUUUGGUGCAAUCACUCCAUUUGAUGUAUCACCAACCACUGCCAAAUCUUCUCACAAUAUUCUUUCAAUUGAAAAUGGUUCCUCAAACCCUAAAACAAUCUCAAUUUCAGAUUCAAGUCCUUCUAAUUAUGAUAUUCAAAUGAAAACACCUUCAAUACUAUUAAGUAACAAUAACAACAAUAAUAUUGGAUCGGAUAGCGUCAACAACAUUAAAAGUAUCAAGAGCAAUAACAUUAACAUUAACAAUAACAAUAACAAUAUUAAAAAUGAAAAUAAUAAGAGAAUGGUUACAGAUGAUAGUUAUCAACAACAACAACAGCAAAAUAGGAAGAAAAUUAAAAUCAAUGUUGGUUCUAGAUUUGAAGAAAUUGAAGAUUCUCCAGUUAUACCGGUUUCCACAACUACUUCACUUUCAAUACCCCAAGAUUUAGAUGAUUUCCAUUUAGUUGAAGAAGAUGAUGAACCAAAUCAAGAACCAAACUCACAAUUUAUUGUUUGUUCAGAUUCACCAAGAAUCGUUUCACAUAAUAUUACCCAAACAACCGAAAAUUUAUUAAAUUCAACAGCAAACAAUCCACUUACAAUUGGAUUAUUGUUACCAGCCGAAUCACUCAAUUUAAAUAUUGGUGGAGAAAGAUCAAUAUUAGAAAUCAGUUGUUUGGUCUCGAAUAUUCGUGUUUGGAACCCUCUUUCCGUUGACUCACCAUCCUCAUCAAAUUCACAACAACAAUAUAUUACCAAUACAAAUUUUAUCUAA